AUGUCCGAGCAGCGACGCGCAGAAAUCGAAGCCAAAAAGGCUAGGAUCGAAGAGUUUCGACGAGUACGGGCAGAACGCGAGGCAGCGAGGGCAGCUGAGCGGAGGCCACUGAGGGAAGCCGGUGCAUCCCCGUCCAGGAGAGCUGUCGAGGAACUCGUCAAUAGCCUUCUAUCUGAAAGUCCAAGGCAGGGUGGCAAGGCGGAAGCGGAUACCACGGCUUCGGAGUCCAUUGAGAACGCUCCUUCUCCAUCUGGUCCAGAGGCUCAGUCCAUGUCGAGUAACUCUACGGACGACGUGACGAACAUACAGCUCACUCCGCGCUCCUAUACAAAUCUCAUUGAUGUUGAACAAGAGCUGUUCGAGCUGCCACAGAAGGAGCGGAUUGUCUAUAGUAAAGAAGUUCAAGCAACCGUGACCCAGAACGGCACCUACGAGGGAGAGACAGAGGAACAAACCCCAGCCAGGCGCACCACCGAGACGGAAGAAAAGGAGCCAGAAGACGAGGGUGCAAAGUUAGGUCAAGAGAUUCAAGCAGAGAUCCUAGAGAUGACAGAGGAAGAGAGAGUACGCAUUCUCACCGCACCAGAGCUACUCGAAUUUAUCGAAAGGACGUCCAAGAUCGUUCAAAGAGCCUUGAACGACAACUAUGAUCAUUUACGUGACUACACCCUCGACGCUGAAUCUUCGAGCGAUGCUACAGAGGGACGCAUUAAGCGUGUCUGCGAGUUCUUCGACGAACGCUUAGGCAAGAACCGCUCCGUAACGGAUAUUGACUGUCACAACUCUCACUCCCUGAAGUAUCCUGAGCUGAGCGUCGCAUCAUACAAUAAGAAUGGCAGCGCUUUGAAUGAGCCUGACGGUAUCGUCGCUGUUUGGAAUCUUCACCUCCUCGAGCGCCCAGAAUUUGUAUUCCACUCCCAGUCCGAUGUCCUGGCAGUGACAUUCUCACCAUUCCAUCCAAACCUAAUAUUUGGAGGAACAUAUUCCGGCCAAAUCCUACUCUGGGACACCCGUUCAAAGCAUCUUCCCGUUCUCAAAACACCGUUAUCUGCUACUGGCCACACACAUCCUGUGUACGCCCUCCGUGUGGUCGGGACACAGAACGCACACACCUUGGUCACUUGCAGCUCUGAUGGUACAGUUUGCACCUGGCUGGUAAACAUGCUCGCACAACCGCAGGAAACACUGGAACUACUUCAGCCCGGGCACAGCAAGACAAACGAAGUAGCCAUCACCACCCUCGACUUCCCAGCCAACGAAACCUCUACCUUCUGGGUUGGGACCGAGGAAGGAAGUAUUUACCAAGCACAUCGGUACGACCGAGCUGGCGUCAAGGCAGGUCUAAGCCAACAAGAAGUAUACAAAGGCCACCAUGGGCCAGUCCUCGGACUGAAUUUCCACCCUUCAAAUGGACCUGUCGACUUCUCCGACCUCUUCCUAUCCAGUUCGGGAGAUUGGACAGUGAAGUUGUGGCGUGCUCGAUUGGCGGGGAAGCCUAGGUCCCCCAAGACUACAAACCACCUUUCACCACUUCAUUCAUUCGACCAAGCAGAUGACUACGUGUACGAUGCCAAAUGGCAUCCUACUCAUCCAGCACUCUUCGGAACGGUCGACGGCUCUGGCAGGUUCGACAUAUGGAACUUGAACAUCGAUAUUGAGGCCCCAGUAGCCUCUGCGACAGUUGGGUCUGGACGAGGUCUAAAUAAAAUCGAAUGGGAUCGGAAAGAAGGUAGACGGGCUGCCCUCGGCGGAAGCGACGGUCGCCUCUACAUCUACGAUGUCGGCGAUAUGGCUGCUCCACGCGAGACGGAAUGGGUGGACAUGCAAAAGGUCAUCGCAGGUAUGUUAGAAGGACAGAUGAAUGGUAUUACAGAUUCUCGACUAUAA